AGUAAUGACAGGUGCCAAGAAGCUUCUUUUUGCAAGUCACAUUGAGUGUUACUUUUUUCACAUGCAAAUUUGUGGUUCAUUUGGUUGAAUAUUAACUAAUUUAAAUAAAAUAAAAAUUAUAGAUAUCAUAUAAUUCAAUUAAUAAAAUUUUUGAUCAUGAAAUCUAUUGUUCAACGGAACUAUGUUUUUUAAAUAUGAUUAAGAAGAUAUAGGUGAUAAAAAAAAUGAAGGUUUAAAUAUCAUUAAAUGGGAUAAUCAACCAUUUUUUGUUUAACCAUUUUUUGUGGCAGAUUUUCCAAACAAGUGAAUAAUCUGUAUCUAAGGAAACUUAUAUAAUUGAGUUCUCCUAAAAAAAAAACUUUAAAAAGUACACUUAAAAGUAAAUGAAUAAAUGAAUAGGGUGUGAUCUUAUAUGAUCAAAUUAAAGAGCUAAGUAUUGAUAUCCUUUUAUUUCAGGUGGUAUCUUAGUUAAAUUGAUGCAGCUAUAAUUUAUGGCUAAAUAUUCAUUUUCUACAAAAAUCAUCUAUUGUUUAUGAAUUUUAAUUGAUAAAUAUAACAUGAGAGUGUCACUCAUUUUAUAUUUAUGUUACUGUCAUGAUUUAUGUAUGGUGCGCAACAUGUUGAACAAUAAGCUAUUUUGACCUUAAGCUUGCAAACAAAAACUUUAGGAUAUACGGAAAAACAACAAUGCACAUAGCUCAACUGUCCUAUAAAUCACAUUAUACUUAUAUCAGAAUAAGAAUUUUAAAAUUUCUUCUUCUAAUUCCAGUACUAUUUCAAGUAGUUAGGGAAUGAUAAAAAAAAUAUGACAGUUGGGAUGUAUAAGAACAAGUGUAUUUAUUUUAGAGGCACAUUUUAUAUUAUUAGACCAUUUCCAUCCGUUGACAUUUUCUGCAGGCUGAGAUGUAUGUAAAAACCUAAGCCAGCUAUCAUCAAGUGGUGAUCAGAACUGAUAACACACUAUCCAACUGUCAAAGGUUGUUUAUACGUUUCUGAUGUUUGAAAUAUGAGACAUGUCAAUAGUUUUUAUAUUACUUCUAUAUCAAAAGUAUAUUUAAAUAAAUAAAUGUAUGAAGUCAGACAUAUAUCAAUGUCCAACAUAACACUCUAAAUAAAAAUAUGUCUAAUGUCCGACACAUAUCAUUAUCAGACAUGACAUUCAAACAUAGAAUCAUGUUUAAUUUUGGUUAAGAAUGCUUAUUUUGAAUUAGCCUAUAUUUCUUUUUAUAUAUAUGAAACAAUCAACACAAAUGGUGAAUAAUUAAUGCAUCUCUACUUACUCUCUCUCUCUCUUCUAAUACACAUAGGGGCACAGAAUCAAGGAGCCAUAAAACAAGGGCGACAUGACACACACCAAUAAAAACAUGUUUCAAAUAAAAAACAUGACAAUUCUCAUUCUAAUCAUUGUGGUUGCAGCGUCACUACAAACCUCAGAAGCUGAAGAUUACACAGUAGGAGGAGACACCAUAGGAUGGACUAGUUUUCCACCUGGUGGUUCUUCUUUCUAUUCAAAUUGGGCUUCAAAUUUUACAUUCAAAUUAAACGACAAUCUAGUGUUCAACUAUGAAUCUGGAAGCCACAGCGUCGUUAUAUUAAACAAAGCUAACUAUGAAAAGUGUAACGUGAAUGAUGAUAUUCAAACCUUUAACAAAGGACCAACCAAAAUAACCUUAGAUCGAAGUGGUGAUUUCUACUUUAUCUGUAGUUUAUCAGGUCAUUGCAGCAGUGGACAAAAGCUAAGUGUUAAAGUCACAGAAACUGCUUCUUCUGAUGUUCCACUUCCACCUGCUGAAGCUCCAUCAUCCCUAGGUACUGGAGCAGGUUCAGCCACAACCGAGACUGCUGCUACCUUCACUCUUCUCCUUGUUACUAUUGCCUUCAAUUUUUUCUCCCAAUUUUAAACGAUGUUUUGAUUGAUUUUUAGAAAAGCUACACAUUGAAUAUUUCAACAAAAAGAAUGUGUUUGGUAUGAAUAUGAUAUGAAUAAACAAUGUUAUUAUCCUAUUGUUAUUUUUCAAUGGAUACAUUAUCUUUCCACUAAA